GUGUGUUCUUGGCCCAUGAGCCCACAGGAUACAAGCUGGAGACAGCAUCGCCGCCGCCACAUCGCCGCUGGCGCUCUAAUCCCAGCUCGCGUCGAAGCUUCUUUGGCAGUGUUGAAACGAGCGACGAUGGUGCUUACGAACUUCAAUGGAACUGGGGUUGGAUUCGGGUUCGGAGUCGGGUGCGGGUUCGGUGUCGGUUGGGGUUUUGGAGGCAUGCCAUUAAACUUCCUGGGCCUUGGUGCAGGUGGAGGCUGUGGUGUUGGAUUAGGCCUUGGAUGGGGAUUUGGCACUGCCUUUGGAAGUCAGUAUCGGUCAUCUACGCUAACAUUCCAAGGCAUUGAAUUCUCAAGCAAGGAUCAAGGUGCAGAUAAGGAAGUCUUCACUCUCUCGCAAGUCGCCCAGCACAAGUCCAGGAAGGAUUGCUGGUUCGUCAUCAAGGGCCGGGUGCUUAACGUGACGAGCUUUUUGGAGGAACACCCAGGAGGAGAGGAGGUGUUGCUGGAGUGGGCGGGGAAAGAUGCGAGCAAGGCUUUCGAGGACAUCGGCCACAGCAAAGCAGCUCAGACACUGGUCUUGAAGUACCAGGUGGGCGUUCUCGAAGGCCACACCGUCCAGGACCAGGACGCCGACAAGUAUGCUGCUCCGAAAGAGGCCAAGAAGGAGGGCAUGAGCGCCUUCGUCGUGAAGGAUACCGCGGUUCAAAAGUAUGCGGCCCUCAUUGAGUUCGCCGUCCCUCUCCUGGUCGCCGGCUCCUUCUUCGCCUACAGAUACGUCACCGCCGUCGCCGGCCACAUGUGAUUUCCAAGACCAGCUUUCAUUUGUGUACCAGAUCCUCAGUCUGACUCUGAACUUGUGUUCCUUUUUCCUUUUUCUUUUUCUUUUUUGGGGUUGGAAUAAAAGAAGGUCGAAAGCUCCUGGAUUGGAGA